ACUAACCAAAGAUUAUUAAUUUGAUGGUUUUCAAGUAAUGAGUCAAUUGUGUUCCGGUUUCCCAUUGGAUCAGAGCAGAGCAUGGUUUUUUGAUUGAAAUUGAUUCAUAUAAUUUCAUUAAAAUUAUUUUUCAUGCAGAUUUCUUGGGAUUAUUAUUGAACUAAUGAAAGCAGAAUUGAAAGAUUAUUCCCACUUAACUUUUAUUCAGCAAAGCAGAAUCUUAUUACUAUAGGAUAGGUGGCAAAAAUGGUUGAUUUUAUCAAUAUUCCAGGUAUUCCAGGGAAUGAUUUUCGCAAUCAAAUUUGCCCCACAUUUUGUAUGACUGUUUCAUAAGAUUUCCUUAGUGUGCUCAGUUUUUAUUACAGUACUGUACAGAAGAAAGCUUUUCUCCAACAACUAGAAACAUUUCAUUCCCUGUAUUCUUUAUAUACAGUUGGUGUUACUGCUUCACUAGAUAUGGCUAUCCAAGGUCCAGAUGUUGCUGUAUCAUCACCAGAGACCAGUGCUACCCUACAAGGGUCUGCUGAUGUGGAUAUUAGACCUGAAGAGAAGGUCCUUGUAGACUGUGUAGAGCUGGUGAAGGAUGAAGAAGAUAACCAAGAAUUCGAGAGCACAGGGGAGGAUUUUACUACCACUGAUGCACUCUUGGAGCAGAUAGCUGAGACAAUCACUUCAAUUGAAAAAGCACAAAACCUCAGAGCUUCACAGGUGAUGGAUGUGAAUGUCUUAGCCGACACUGCACCAGAGGGCAAGGAAGAGGAAGAUGGAUACGGACUAGAUCUCCAGGCUGAUAUCCCAAGUCAAGUGGAUGAACAGGGCAUCAAUAUACCAUCAGCUCAGAUAAUCCUAGCAGUACCAACAGAGAGUACUCUCCUUGAAGUGUCAGAGGAAGAUAGAUCAGAUGUCCAGCCCGUAGACAUAGACAAGACUAAAAAAGAAGCUAAGGAAGAAACCAAGGAAGACACAACAGAAAAGGAUGGCGAAAAAGGUGCUACUGAUGCAGAGGAAACUCAGGAAGGUGAAAGUGUGUCAUCGCCAGGAAAGAGCCCAAGGUUCAAGCUUCAUCUGCCUAAGUUUCACCUCCCUAAGAUGCACCUGAGUGGCAAGAAAGACAAAAAGAAGCAGGAGAUUGCACCAGAAGAGGAGGUCAAGGAUGUCCCUUCCCAGGCUGAUAGACCAGUUCUGGAGCGACUUGAUGGAGAUGGAGCCGAGAAUACGGAUGGACUGGAGGUUGAUGUUGGAACUGAUGGAACUGUCAUUGCUGAUGUGGGUGUCACUGCUGAUGUAGGUGUCACUGCCAAUGUUGGAGCUACUGUCCUUGAUAAGGUUGCAGUCAGUGCUGAUGGACUUGAUGACCCAGAUUGUGUGGUUCCAGAAAAAGAAAUUGCUGAUGAGAAAAUAAAUUAUGUCGCAGGUAGUGCCAAAGGAGAAGUCUCUGUUGGGAUUGAUGCCCUAAAUAUUGUUACAGAAGUUGAAGAAACCAAUCAACCCAUACUUGAUGCUGUCAUAGAGGCAGAAAUACCCAGUGCUGAAGUUGAUAGAGGGGUGGAUGUAUCAGCUGCAUUACCAUCUUUAGAUGCUGAUGUUGAUACCUCUUGUCUGUCAGAAGCUGUCACAGUGAACAGCCCCUCUGUUGACAUAAAUACUGCUUUAGAUGAGCCAGAGAAGCAGGAGGUUGUGGUGGUAAUGAAUGAGGGAACAUCAGAAGAAGAUGAUGGGUUGGAAGAUAAGAAAGAAGAUACCUCUGUGGUGCAAAGUGACGCUAAGAUCACAACACCUAAGAAAGGGCGUUUCAAGUUACCCUCCAUAAAUUUCCACAUGCCCAAAUUUGGAGGAAGCAAAAAAUCUUACAAGAUGGAUUCAGAUGCUAAUGCAAGUUCUGAGAAUAGAAUUGAUGAAGGAAAGGACAAAGUGAUUGAACCAGAUAUGCAAAAAGAAGGUGGAAGUGUUCCAGAAGUUGAAGGAAAUGAAUCGCUUCAUGUUGAAGGUGAUUUGCUGACUAAGGUGGAUGCAGAGAUAAAUGCUGGUGGUGGAGACAUAUCAAUAGAUCCAGAGGUACCAAAUGUAGAAAUACCAGAAUGCAAAAUAGAAGCGCAAGAAUGUAGCAAGCUGGCGGUUGAUGCUGGAGAUCUUCUUGUUGGUGAGGUAGCAGCUGUAGCUGUUUCUGCAGAUGCAGAUUUUCCAAAAGCAUCUAUAAAUACUAACAUUGAUACCUGUAAUGCAUCUAUUGAUACACCGUCAUUGAUUCCUGAAGUAAGCAAUGAUGCAACAGUAAACAUUGAUAAAACAGUCCCAGAAGUCACAACUAAUACAGUAAAUAUUGAGACAACAGUCCCAGAAGUUGCAGCUAAUGUUGAAAUUCCUCUUGAAAGUGAAAAAAUAUCAGUGCAAGAGCAAGGCAUGUCUGCUAAUGUAGAUGUUCCAGAGAUUAAAGCUCAAGUGGAAGGUCCUAGUGUGUCUGUUACUGUUGAGGAACCACCUUCACCUGCCAUUGAUGAGGAUGCCAGCAUCAAAGCUAAAAAGAAAGGACUAUCCCUUCCUACAAUGCAUUUUCGUCCAAAAUUCACAGGAAAGAAGUGGACCAGACACCCACGAUUUAGAUCAAAAGCCAAGGAUAGUAAAUCUUUAAGUGCUAGUGGUAAAGUCACAACAAGCCUGCCUAAUGUUGCAACAGCUACAUCUUUGGAAUCACCUCUGUCAGGGGAAGAGAUGAGGGCUAGAAGGGCAUCUGAUGUUAUUGACCCCAAAGUUGCUGCAGACAUUGGAACACAGCAUGAAAUUAGUGCUGCCGGAGACAUCGAUGAAACACCUGGGAAAUCAAAAAGAAGCAGAUUCCACUUCCCAAGCCUCCAUUUCUCUCUGCCAAGAUUCUCCUCACUGUUGUCACCUCAUAGACCCAGAAAGAAUGAGGAAAUGGAAGAGCCAGAGAUGACUGAGCUCAAAGCAGACAUAGAAGUUGUGGACAUCACUGCAGAAGCAGACAUUCCUAAGACUAAUUUGGAUGUUGUUAUGCCCGAGGUCUCAGGAAUGGCAGAGUCUUCCCCCGAGGUAGAUGUUGAAGGAGCAGUUGGUGGGGUUGAAGUAACUGGAAUUUCGGAAGCAGAGCAAGCAGAUGUAGAUCGGGCGACAAGCCCACUUUCACUGGCAAUUGAAGAUUCUUCAUCUGAAAUAAAACUUGAUACUAACCCAGUGAGUGUAGAAGGAGAGUUGCCAGUCAUCAGUGAAAAAGUUUCUACGGAUAUUGAAAGAGAAUGUACUUUGGAGCAGCCAGAAAAAACAGAUGUUGGAUUGAAUAUCCCAGACGCUGAUAGUCCGAAUGUUGAAGGUGCACUUUGUACAGAUACUAGUGUUCCAGAUAUUAAAGUAGGAGGAAACAUAGCAUUAUCCUCUGAUGAUGUUCAUGUUGAAUCACUAGAGGCAAAUGUCCAAGAUGCAAACAAUAUUAGUGGAGAAAAGAAAACCAAGAAAAGAAGUUUUUUGCCCAAUUUGCAUCUUCCAAAGCUUAACAUAAAAGGAACACCAAUCAAGUUUCGAUCAAAGGGAAAGAAAGGAACCUUAGAGACUACAGACAUUGAGGGUGAUGUUAAAGUUGGAGGAGAUGUUAACAUUGCAAGUGUUGACACCCCAACUUCCCCAGACCUGAACAUGGUUGUCAAUACAUCUGGAGAACCUAGUGUGACAGGAGACAGCAAAGAUGUAGAUAUUGAAGCCAAAGACAACCAGAACAUUUCUGGAGAAAUUGAAAUCCCUCAGGUUAGUGUUGGUGCUGAUGUAGAUACUGUGGUGAAGAAGUCUGAAGUUGAUGUCAAAUCACCAAGUAUUGAAGCUGAUGCAUUAGUGGGUAAUGUGCCAGAUAUCAAUGUUGAUCUUCCUAAAAUUGAAGGCAAAGAAGAAGAGAAGCCAUCAGUACCUGAUGUAGAUGUAUCAGCAGAUUUAUUACCUGCAGCAGGAACUGUAGUCAUUGCUUAUGACACAAUAGUUGAGUCAGAUGUUGUGGUUGAAGCAGCCAAAGACAGUAAUAAUGAUGGAAAAGGUCAAUUGGAAAUUGAAUCAGAUAUCCCAACACCGGAUGUGGAUGUCAGCUCUGGGGCUACAAAUCAUGUACUUGAUCUUGCAUUAGGUGGUGCAGAUCAGGAGUUGAAAGUUGAUGGAAACAUUGCUGAUCUCAACAUAUCAUCAUCAGAUAAUGAGGACAGUGAUACAAAAGACAAACGAAAGAAGAAAAAGAAAAAGAGGAAGGGACUUCAUAUGCCUUCUAUUAAUUUGCGAAAAUUUCAUCUCAGGCCUGAGAAGAAGCAACCUGCAAGUGCAGAUGUUAGACUUCCUGAUGUAGUUGUGCCUAAUGGUCAAGUUGAUGGAUCAGCCAAACUAGAGGCAAGCACACCUGAGGUUAUUUUACCAGAAAUUGAGCUUUCAGAAAAAGCAGAAGUGAAUGUUGAGGGCAAGACUGAUGGAGAAAAUGAAGUAGAAAUGAAGCGAGAUCCUCCUUCUGCUUUAGAGGCUGCAUUAGUUGUAGCAGGUGUAGCAAUGGAAGUGGGUCGUCCAGAAGCUGAAGUUGAAGUUCAAUUGCCAUCCACCAAGGAAGAACCAAAGUUAAGUCUGGCUGCUGAUCUGAAUGCAGAUCUUCCUGAAUCUGUGGAAGGCACGGUUGAUACAACUGCCAUUAUAGAGAAUGCUAGGGUAGAGAUAGAUGCAGCUCCAAAAGUUGAUCAAGUUGUGGAAGAAAUUGUUCCUUCGGUCAAGCAGGCGGUCACAGAGACAUUGCCAGACAUGGCAAUGUCUGAGGAUGCUCCAUGCAAAGAUGUAACAAUAGAAACUGUAACUGAAACUUCAGAGUUAGUGUCCCCACAAGUUGAAGUCGACGAUAGUGGUCUUGAUGCCGAGGUUUCUUUAGACGACUCAUCUACCUCAAAACCAGCCAAGUCAAAAAAGGUUAGAAUGCCGAAAAUCAAUUUUCCCAAAAUGAACUUUAAAUUGUCUCCUAACAAAUCUGAAAUGCCAAGUCAAACUGCACCAGAAGAUACGGAAAAGGAAAAUGACAAUUCUUUGACUCCUGCUGAAAUUGAAAAGAUAGAGGAAUCCCUUCCAUCAGGUCAAGCACAGGUAACUGUACCAACUGUAGAAAUCAAUGGGGUCAGUACAGAGGUAGCCAUUGAUGAGGCCUCUUCAGCCAAGAAAGGAAAAUACAGGAAGAAGAUAGGGGGUAAGCUCAAGAAAAUCAGAGGGAAGAGCAAAGGAAAGGUGUCUGUAUCGGAAAACAUCAAAGGAGAAGGAUUAACUGCUGGGGUGUCAUUAGAAGCUAACAGUGAGCCAAAUACAAAUGGGAAGAUAGAACCUAUCCCAGGUGAUGUGGAAGAUCUGGAUUGUGGCUUAUGCAGUACACAGGAUGCAGAUGUCGGAGCUGAUACUACUCUCGAAACUGGCCAAGAGUGUCCAUCAUUCAUUGGCAAGAGGGGUCAGAGGUCAUGUGUAGAGUUUACUUACUGA